AUGACUUCGGUUCAAGAAUGGAUAAAACGUCUUUUUCCGUAUAAAUCAAUCUUCUAUCGUUUAACUGAUUUCGAAAAUCCAAUGAUGCAAGAUAAUCAUGAUAAGUCAGAAAUUUGCAUUAGUAUCGAAAAGGAAAAUAAAUCUCGUCAGUAUUGCUCUCUCACAUUUGACCAACUUACUAUAUUGUAUGAAUAUUGUCCGGUAUAUCAACGAUGCUUGUAUGAAUCUAUUCCUUACAAUGCACCAGUUAAAACCUAUGUAGAUUUCGAGUAUUAUGUAAAUAAAAAUCUCGAUAUACAAAAUCAUCAUAUUGGUCUUCAAUGUUGCCUUAGAACAAUGUUUCAUCUUUUAAAUGAUACCGACAUUUAUCUCAAUACGAUGGAAAUAAAUGAUGACACGUUUUCCUUGAAGCAGUUUUUGGUGUUAGAAGCAUCAACAUCUGAGAAGAUCUCCUAUCAUUUUAUACAUGCAAAUCCAUCAGUGUUAUUCGAUAACAUCUCAUCACUGAAAGUUUUCAUGAAGAUAUUUAUCCAUUUUCUUUUAUUUUCAAUUAUUAAACAUAAAUGCCAAUCUUUCGAUGUAGUUUCAAAUAAAUCUCAAUAUACAAUACCAGAAUUAAUUGAAAUACUAUCACAACACGUAGAUGUUCUACGAAAACAAUGCUCUUCGUGUUAUUUCCCGAUUCCAAAUAUUUCAAUAUCGGAUGCCGCACAUAUAUUGGUUAAAAACAAAUUGAAUGAAUGGAAAUUAGCUGUGGAUGUUAAUGUGUAUGGAAAAAACCAACAGUUUCGAUUAUUUAACUGUAUUAACUACGGUCAAAACAAUCCAUUAACUCCGUGCGAAUCGUUCUCGUUCAAUCGUGAAAACGAAUAUUCUUCUUCACAGCUCCUUUAUUCGUCGAUGAUCAGUCUUAAUCAUAAUCAGCAUGUUCCAAUAAUCUCUUUUAAAAAUAACCAAUUCAACUGUGAAACUUCCGAUUAUGAGAGACGAAAGAAUUGUGAUAUGAUUAACCGAUUGAAUGACUACCUAAAAGAAAUGUUGGUCAGUGAUCUUUGUGAACGUAGCGUUAAUAUAUUGAACAGAAUCAAAUCCGAUUCAACGCCUGCUCGAAAUUGUUUUUCACAGAAUCUGUUUGAUCCAACUGUCGAUAAAUAUACGAUGUUUGUACAUGACAUAAUAAAAGCCGAUCCAUCUCAUCGAGGAACCAUUCUUUCAUGUCGACGCGGUGAUUACAACAGAAAUAUUUUAUUUUUUAAUAUCGGUGGAAACUACCGAUAUUGUCCGAAGAUAAAUACUCAUCAUAAACGUAAUACAGUUGCAAUCAUGAUUAAUACUGAAAAUAACUUAUACAGCAUCCGAUGUAAGGACAAAGAAUGUGAUAAUACCGUCAUCAUAUGGAAACCAAUUUCAUAA